GUCUCAUAGUGUGGAGUAGUAGCAGUGAGAUGUUUCUACUCGUCUCAGCUCAGUGGUGCGUCUCUGUGUCUGUCUGUGUGUCUCUGAGUCUUUCUGUGUGUCUCUCCGUGUCUCUCUGAGUCUCUCUGCGUGUCUCUCUGUGUCUCUGUGUGUCUCUGAGUCUCUUUCUGAGUCUCUCUGUGUGUUUCGGUGUCUCUCUGAGUUUCUCUGUGUCUCCUGGUGAAAUUGACCUGAAAAGUGGAAUUUGCAGAAGAGUGGAAUAUUGAAUAAAACGCUACUGAUCACAGUUGGGAUUCGAAAAUGGGACAAGCGUCUUGACAGAAAAAGGAAAUAUGCUGCAGGAAAACUAGGCAUGGCUGCCCAUCGAAUUCGAGCAACAAAUAAUAACAAUGCAAUCCCUCGCUGCAAGUCUGAGGGAACACUUAUCGAACUGAGUUCUGGAGUGUCAGAAGCCACCCUCUCUGAAGUUAAAGUGCCCAGUCCUAGCACUUUACGACUGGAAGCUACCGCCUCAAUUGAAUCUGCUAGAGAAGUCAUUGCCAUUAAAGAUUACUGUCCGUCAAACCUCACCACCCUAAAGUUUUCUAAAGGGGAUCGUCUUUAUGUUCUUGACACAUCUGCAGGAGAGUGGUGGUAUGCUCAUAAUAACACAGAGAUGGGCUACAUCCCGGCAGCCUACGUCAAGCCCGUCACGCAGCGAGAAUCUAUAUCCUGCGACAGUGGGAUGAUUGACAGCCUAGCAGACAUUUCUAACGAUGGGUCCAAAGUGCUAGAGCAACGUGGAGAGUGGCCAGAACACAUCAAACCUACAGUUCCUCAAAACGGAAACCCUUUCGUAAAGAAGCGGAUGUCUCUCAACCCAUUCCUUGAUGGCUCCUUGCUUACUGAUCAAAACAGUAUCCAGAGUUCGUCUCCAGACUCAAAAAACAGCAGCAGUAUUAACAUCAACAAAUUUGGAAGUAAUAUUAUGGAUUUGUAUUGCUUGAGCCCUGGCACAGAGAACGGUUCAGUCCUUAGAAGGAACAAUCCGUUUUAUAGAAGCAAGCGUUGUUACAGUUUGUCCGAACUGUCCAUCUUACAGUCGCAGGCAGAUGCACCUCCAGAAUUCCUGGGUUUUUUCGGAAGCUUGAAAGCACCUUCACCUGAGCAGUUUCAGAGUAGAGAAGACUUCAAAAAUGCCUGGUUAAACCACCGCAAGUUUACAAGGUCCUGCCAUGACCUAGAUUCUAUCGGGCAAAAUCCUGGAUGGGGUCAAACACAACCAAUCGAGACCAACAUUGUGUGCAAACUGGACAGCUCGGGUGGUGCUAUUCAGUUACCAGACACUAGCAUCAGCAUUAUCGUACCCGAGGGCCAUGUUGCACCAGAUGAUACUCAGCAGAUAUCAUUAAAGGCCAUGCUGGACCCACCCUUGGAGCUUAACAGUGACAAUUGUACUACUGUGAGCCCAGUGGUGGAAAUCAAGCUUAGCAAUAUGGAAACAAAAACCACUUUAACAUUAGAGAUGAAAGUGUCUGUUGUGGUCAAGAUGGAGAGUCGACAAAAAGCAGAAGUGAUCUGUGUCCGCAGCGACUGCAAGGAUGGACCCUACGUUCCAGUCCCUCGUGUUUAUAUGUAUGGAGAUACAGUCCAGAUAACCUUGGACAAUCUAGAGCCUUGCAUGUAUGUAUCAGUGGUUGCUCAGGCCCAGGAUGUUGCCCCAUACAACACAGUCUGGGAGCAUGUUGUAAAGAAAGUUACACUUGGCGUAUACGGUCCUAAGCAUAUCCAUCCAUCCUUUAAGACAGUUGUUGCCAUGUUUGGCCAUGAUUGUGCCCCAAAAACAUUAUUAGUAAGUGAAGCUAAAAUGCAGUCCCACUGUAUUCCACCAUUAUCCCUACAACUCUGGGGGAAACACCAGUUUGUACUUGCAAAGCCUCAAGAUCUUAAGGUUGGUGUGUAUUCUAACAUUUCAAAUUUUGAAGCGAAAAUUAGCGAUCAGACAAGAGUGGUGAGGAGUUUUCAGCUGAAACUUGGCAAAGUAUCGCGCCUCAUCUACUCCAUAUCUGCUCGAGAUCCAGACAACAUCACAGACUUCACUUUGCGCAUUCAGGUUAAAGAUGACAAGGACUGCAUCCUUGCCCAGUUCUGCGUUCAGACACCGACCCCUCCGCCGAAGGUUGCGACGACCUCCGUGCAGAGGCGCUUUAUAAAGAAAAAGGAAAUGCACAAAACCGUACUUUCACCUCUUCUAGGAGUCACAAAAUAUCCUAUGUUUCAGGACAGACCAGUCACAAAUAUAAAGUUUGGAAAGUUGCUAAAGACUGUCCUUAGACAGACCAAGAGCCAAUAUUUGCUAGAGUAUGUCAAAGGGGAUGUGAUGGCACUUUUGAGUGAAGAAAAAAUCAAACUUAAAGGGCAUCUUUGGACCAAGGAGUGGUACAUUGGAUACUAUCAUGGCAGAAUUGGAUUGGUGCAUACCAAGAACAUUCUUAUAAUGGGAAAAGUCAAACCAGUUAAUUUCAAGGGGCCUGAGCUUACCUCUACUGUUCUUUUAGACCAAAUUCUAAUCCCCUGCAAAUGUCUCACUUACAUGUAUUCUUCAUUGAGGACUAUACUGAUGGAAAACUUAAAUAGCUGGAGAGCAUUUGCUGAUGCCCUGGGCUACGUCAACCUUCCUCUGGCUCACUUUUGUCGUACAGAGCCGAGCAGUGAGCCAGAAAAAGUUGCCUGUGUUCUUGAGAAAUUGAAAGAAGACUGCGACACAUCUGAAGAAAAGCAAAGGAAAUCUUUCCAAAAAGAGCUCUUCAUGCUGUAUGUGAGUUUCAACCCACAGCGAAAUGAACACUGAUAAAUUACGGAAAGGAAAGAUUAUACAGUGGAUAUGAAAAGUCUACACACCCUUCAGAAAUUGUAGGGUUUCAAAAUAGAAAGACAAUAAAAAAAUAACAACAUGAAAAAAUAACAGACUUGUUACAUCUUUAAUAAAAAAUAAAUAAAAAAUCUACCACACCUUGAUUGCAUAACACAUUCCCAUUGAAUACUUUGUGGAGGCCCUUUUUACCUUUAAUACAGUUCAAUUCAAUUCAAUUCAAGUUUAUUUGUAUAGCGCUUUUUACAAUAGACAUUGUCUCAAAGCAGCUUUACAGAACAUAAACAUAAAGCAUCGGGUCUAUUCAUUUCAUACAUCUAGACUAAAAACUUCUGUAUCAAAGUUUCUUUAAGUCGUGAGGAGAUCUCCUGUGUAUAACGACUUCCGUCAUGCCACCCAGAUUCGUGCAGAAUAGAGGAGAUGGUCGUCACAUGCAAGGAGUGACCAGUACCUGCCAGAAAUUUCUGUAGUUCUUUCAGUGCCUUCCCACCACCUUUUAUACUCUUAUCACCAUUAAAGGGUCACGUCCUGAUCUUUGCAAUGUAUCUGUGGUGUCACAUUUUGUCCACUUAUUGAUGGUUUUGACAAUGCACCAUGGUCCAUUCAGUGUCUUUGAUAUUCUUUUACGGUAUAUCCCUCUCCUCAUUUCAAUGGUUAAGUCUCACGGUUUCUUUGGCAAAUCCUUGCGGCCCAUGGCUCUCAGUAGAAUGCAUACAGCAAAACAUACUACAGCAACAGCUAACUUUAUCUGUUUUUUUUUUUAAAUCAGAUUCACUUUAAUUAAUGGCAACUGUAUGCCAUUUACCUUCAGGCCUAAUUUUGAAUGGGACUGGUUAACUCUAAGGACAGUUACAGUACAGCCCAUAUGAAAGGGUGUGCAGACUUAUUUAUGCAAUCAGGGUGUGGUAAUUUAUUUUUUUUUAAAGUGUACCCAAUUUUUACAUACUUCUUUUUUUGUUUGGUUGAAUAUCACAUUAAAGACUAAAAACCUGCAAUUUUGUAAGGGGGUGUAGAUUUUUACUACCCACUGUAUAGUACAUUGUGAAGCUAGUUGUGUGGCGGUGCACCCUGUUAAAUCCGACUACUAUUGACUUGGCGUCGGCAAAGAGGUCCACCUGUGCCUUGUCAAACUUUUCCCAGAGCUGGAACACAACCUCUGAGUGCAGACCCAGCUGGUUGAUGUGUUCCGAUUUCCCGAGGGGUCUCACACACACACACACACACACACACACACACACACACUGUCGAGCCUGUUGCACUGCACUGAGCUCAAGCCAGUUAGCUUCCAUGUAUUCUGUCCUCAUCCCCUGAACGCUUCAGAAAAGCUUCUAGGCCCUUCCAUAAAGCCCUGCUCUUAUGACUGCUUUGACUAGAUUCGGCAUCCUUAACUUCAGCAAGUAAUAAC